UGGGGGGCGGGCCGAGCGGCAGGGAGAUGGCGGAGGCGGGUGCCGAGCCGGAGCCGCUGUGUCCGUGCCCGGAUUGGGCGGACGACCAGCGGAUGGCCUUCCUGUUCUCGGCGUUCAAGCGGAGCCGGGAUGUGAACAGCUCGGACUGGGACGCCAAGCUGUCGUUCUGGGGCCCCGCGCUGCUGCGGGAGGCCGCCCGCCGACAGAGGCUCACCCUGACCGCCCGGGAGGGGGCCUCCUGGUUCCGCAGGAAGGGGGCUGUCCCCCUGGGGCUGGACACGGUGCUGCACGACCUGGCCCGGCGAGGGCUGAUCCAGAAGGAGUCGUGCUUUGCAGCGAGUGUUGAUGCCGGCUGGCUGGCCUGGGGGGUGGGCUUGUUUCUGAUUAAGCCGCUGAAGUGGACUCUGACCUCUCUGCUGGGGAACAGCAGCGUUUCCCCCGAUGAAGCCUACGUUAUCGUCGAACGCGUUCAGGAGAAGGCAGCUGAGGUUUAUCGGCUCUGUCAGAGUCACCUGCAGACUGCGCACCCAGUGGUUUCCUUCACACAGUUACAGGAGAUGUGCCAGACCAUGUGCAGGGACGAGAAGACGUUCUACCUGUGUCUGUUGCAGCUGCAGAGGGAGAAGAGGGUCACAGUGGGCGAGAUUGACGGUGAUAAGGUCGUCAAGUUCAGCCCCUCUCCGACAAACAGUGCCGCAGCAGUGACGGAGAUCGAUGUCGGCGUCUACCAGCUGGUCAAGUGUGAGAAAAUGUUGUCCCAGAAAGUGGACACCCUCUCGCAGGAGGUCGAAAGAUCCAACGAGGACGCCAGAACCCACCUCAAAGCCGGCAAAAAGCACUUGGCACUCGCGUCUCUUCGAGUGAAAAGGCGAACAGAGAAACGGCUGGAGAAUAUCGAAGCCAAACUCAAUACCAUUCAGGUCAUCCUUGAUCGGAUUUACUCCUCCCAGACAGACAAGACGGUUGUGGAGGCCUAUCAAGCUGGGCUUGGAGCUUUGAGAGAGUCCAUGAGGGAUGUGAGUGUGAUGAAGGUGGACAAGCUGAUGGAUCAGAUUGAACAGUUCUGCGAUAUGCAGGAUGACAUCAACCAGACCCUCGCUGGUGAAAACCUGGAUGUUGCAGUAGCUGUGGAUCCUGAUGAACUGGAAGCUGAGUUGAAUGCCCUUCUGGAGGGGGUGGCUGAUGAGACGAUUCUGCUCCCCGACGUGCCGGAGCUGCCCAUGUCACCUGCCGUUAAACUGGCACAAGCCAAGCCCGAGGUGAUGGACGGGCAACUGGACGCUGCACUCAGUAAGCUCUCGCUUUCUGGUUCCGGUCUGGGAGGUGGUGCUGCAUCUCCGAGAGGAUCAGCCUUGCUCCAGCCUGCCCAGUGAGGACCUGCACUGAGACGAAUGGACAGUACCAAGUCGUGUUUUUAUUCAGUCCUGGCUCUCUGAGGACAAACAUUCGCCCGGCGCUGGUGGGACUUUGAUGUUGGCCAUCAGGGAGGUGCCGGGUGUGACCAGGAGGUGGCAGCUCUGAACUGACCCAGGAAGCUUCAGAUCAUGAUGACCAGGGACGUGGUGUCCCCUUGUCGAUACCUGGUCAGCGACCUGUGUGGACAGUGACCCUGCCAAGAGCCAGUGGUGAUUGGAAGACUGAGAGUCUGUCCGCUCUGAGCCUUUCGAGAGCAUUAUCAGGACAGAACCGUGCAUCGAUCGAGUCGUCGGUUCUGUCCUCUGUACCCUGUGUGGUCUUGGUGUUGUUUAUUUUGUCUGAACUCCACGGAGACCAGCCAGCAAGUACCACUUCCCGCUGCACCCCAUUUGUUCUUCUGUUGCUGCUAGACUCCCUUCUCCGUGACACGUGUGGUGGUCUGUUUCUGUCGAAUGCGUUUUGUCGAAGAACUCUGUGUCGUAAAGUAUUCACAAGCCUUUCGGUUUUCUCGAAUCAGAAAUAAAACUUUUUUGGAUAUGUAAAA